GUCCUCCCAGCAACCUCCAGCGCAAGAUGGCGUGGGGAGGUUGUCUGCCGCUGGCCGUCUGAGGGAACGCUAAGUGUCUGCGUCCGCCGCCGUGUUGCAGGUACCUGGGCGAAACUGGGCAGGGCCGGUCCGAACCCUCAGCCUCCUCUGCGUCUCGCGAAGCUCCGCGAGAAAGCAGAGGCUGAACCCCGGCGGGUGCGAUGGCCGCUGUGGUGGCCAAGCGGGAAGGGCCGCCGUUCAUCAGCGAGGCAGCUGUGCGAGGCAACGCCGCUGUCCUGGAUUACUGCCGGACCUCAGUGUCAGCGCUGUCGGGGGCCACGGCCGGCAUCCUCGGCCUCACCGGCCUCUACGGCUUCAUCUUCUACCUGCUUGCCUCCGUCCUGCUCUCCCUGCUCUUAAUUCUCAAAGCGGGAAGGAGGUGGAACAAAUACUUCAAAUCACGAAGACCGCUCUUUACAGGAGGUCUCAUCGGAGGCCUCUUCACCUACGUCCUGUUUUGGACAUUCCUCUAUGGCAUGGUGCACGUCUACUGAAUGGGGGCAGGGAUGACUUUUUUAAAAAACCAGAUUGGGAGGACUGUCGCCAGGAUUUAACACCGUGUACACUUAGUUUUUAAAUUGUUGAAUUCGCUGCUUGUUCUGUAACGUUAUAACUUAUAUCUGAAGACGAAGAGUCUGUAAUAUUCUUCAGAUUAAAUGAAGCGUAAGACA